GUCAUUCUGUGGCGACGGCUAUGUUGGUAGGAGAUAGCGGUGGAUUAAAGCGCACGACAUCGAGGGAAUUAUCAACAGUCAUAGAAAAAUACGCCUUUACCCAGUAGUAAUUAGAUCACAAUUAUCUCAAACAAUGUCAGUAAUUGUAUGACAGUGUUUAAAAAAAUUAUGGACCAUGUAGGUUACCGUGGGAAAUAAGGGAUGAUUUAACGUUAGCUAAUUCUAUACCGUAAAACGUCGCUCAUUAAACCGUUUUGUUAUAUAUUUCUAUAUAACGUUACCUAUAUUUUCUACAACACUGUCGUUGCUUUAACAUUUUUAUUUCGUAAUUAGUGUAGCUAUUGAUUAUCAAGGUAACGGAAUACUUACUGCACUGGGAUGGACAAUGCCCACACGAAAACGGUGGAGGAAGUGUUGGGUUUUUUCUGCGUGAACGAGUCCACGGGUCUGAGCACCGAGCAGCUCAGGAAGGCGAGGGAGAAAUGGGGCUCCAACGAACUCCCAGCAGAAGAAGGAAAGUCCCUCUGGGAGCUGGUGGUCGAGCAGUUUGAGGAUCUGCUGGUGCGGAUCUUGUUGCUGGCGGCAUGCAUCUCCUUUACCCUGGCCUGGUUUGAGGAGGGAGAGGGGACGAUCACAGCGUUUGUGGAGCCCUUUGUCAUCCUUCUCAUCCUCAUUGCUAAUGCUAUUGUUGGCGUGUGGCAGGAGCGUAACGCGGAGAACGCCAUCGAGGCGCUGAAGGAGUACGAGCCGGAGAUGGGGAAGGUGUACCGGCAGGACAAGAAGAGUGUACAGCGUGUGCGUGCGCGGGACAUCGUGCCCGGGGACAUCGUGGAGGUGGCCGUUGGAGAUAAGGUACCGGCCGACAUCCGGCUGACCUCCAUCCGCUCCACCACGCUGAGAGUGGACCAGUCCAUCCUGACGGGGGAGUCCGUGUCCGUGCUGAAACACACUGACCCAGUGCCUGACCCACGCGCCGUCAACCAGGACAAGAAGAACAUGCUGUUCUCUGGCACGAACAUCGCGGCGGGGCGGGCCACGGGGGUGGCGGUGGCCACGGGGGUGCAGACGGAGAUCGGGAAGAUCCGCGAUGAGAUGGCGGCCACAGACCCAGAGAGGACUCCACUGCAGCAGAAACUGGACCAGUUCGGAGAGCAGCUGUCUAAGGUGAUCACGCUGAUCUGUGUGGCGGUGUGGGGCAUUAACGUGGGGCAUUUCAGCGACCCCGUGCACGGGGGCAGCUGGCUGCGUGGGGCAGUUUACUACUUCAAGAUCGCUGUGGCACUGGCUGUGGCUGCUAUUCCCGAGGGUCUCCCCGCGGUGAUCACCACCUGCCUGGCCCUGGGCACGCGGCGUAUGGCGCGUAAGAACGCCAUCGUGCGCAGCCUCCCCUCCGUGGAGACGCUGGGCUGCACCUCGGUCAUCUGCUCCGACAAGACCGGCACCCUCACCACCAACCAGAUGUCCGUGUGCCGGAUGUUUGUGGUGGACAGUGUGACGGGGGAGCAAUGUGCCCUGAGCGAGUUUACAGUGACCGGCUCUACUUACGCUCCAGAAGGGGAAGUGUAUAAGGAUGGCAGUCCUGUGCGCUGCAGCCAGUUUGAAGGGCUGGUGGAAAUGGCCACAGUGUGUGCCCUCUGCAACGACUCCUCCUUGGACUACAAUGAGGCAAAGGGUGUCUAUGAGAAAGUGGGCGAGGCCACGGAGACCGCCCUCUGCUGCCUGGUGGAGAAAAUGAACGUGUUCGACACCGACCUGCACGGCCUAACCCCAACUGAGAGAGCCACUGCCUGCUGCUCUGUGAUAAAGCAGCUCAUGCAGAAGGACUUGACGCUGGAGUUCUCCAGAGACAGGAAGUCCAUGUCGGUCUUCUGCUCCCCCAACAAGCUCAGCCGGUCUGCCUCAGGGGCCAAGAUGUUUAUAAAGGGUGCCCCCGAGAGUGUUCUGGAGCGUUGCCAGUGGUUACGGAUUGGGGGGGGCUCGCGGUUGCCCCUGACGACGGCCCUGCGGGAGCGGCUGUUGUCGACGGUGCGGGAGUGGGGGUCUGGCCGGGACACCCUGCGCUGCCUCGCCAUGGCGACCCGCGACUCCCCGCCCGACCCCCGCUGCCUCAACCUGGAGAACUCCGCCUGCUUCUCCGACUACGAGUCGGACCUGACGUUCGUGGGCUGUGUGGGGAUGCUGGACCCCCCCAGGAAGGAGGUUCUGGGGGCGGUGCGGAUGUGCAGGCAGGCUGGGAUCCGUGUCAUCAUGAUCACAGGGGACAAUAAGGGCACGGCUCUGUCGAUCUGUCGGCGUGUGGGGAUCAUCACGGAGCAGGAGGAGGAGGAGGGCCAGGGGGGGCAGUUUGGGGGGGGUCUGACGGGGCGGGAGUUUGACGAGCUGCCCCCCCACCUGCAGCGGCAGGCCUGCCGGACCGCCCGCUGCUUCGCCCGCGUGGAGCCCACGCACAAGAGCCGCAUCGUGGAGUACCUCCAGAGCCUGAGCGACAUCACCGCCAUGACAGGAGACGGGGUGAACGACGCCCCCGCUCUGAAGAAGGCGGAGAUCGGCAUCGCCAUGGGCUCUGGCACCGCCGUGGCCAAGUCCGCCUCUGAGAUGAUCCUCGCCGACGACAACUUCUCCACCAUCGUGGCCGCAGUGGAGGAGGGCCGGGCCAUCUACAACAACAUGAAGCAGUUCAUCCGCUACCUCAUCUCCUCCAACAUCGGGGAGGUGGUCUGUAUAUUCCUGACGGCCGCGUUGGGAAUGCCGGAGGCUCUGAUCCCGGUGCAGCUGCUUUGGGUCAAUCUGGUGACGGACGGCUUCCCAGCCACAGCGCUGGGGUUCAACCCCCCCGACCUGGACAUCAUGUCCCGCCCCCCACGCUCCCCCAGGGAGCCCCUCAUCUCCGGCUGGCUGUUCUGCAGAUACCUCAUCAUCGGCUGUUAUGUUGGAGCUGCGACCGUGGGAGCUGCUGCUUGGUGGUUCAUGGCAGCUCAUGAUGGACCCAAAGUCUCCUUCUACCAGCUGUCUCACUACCUGCAGUGCAGUGAGGGGCACAGUGACUUUGCGGGGGUGCAGUGUUCAGUUUUCGAGUCGCCGUACCCCAUGACCAUGGCCCUGUCUGUACUCGUCACCAUCGAGAUGUGCAACGCCCUCAACAGUCUGUCGGAGAACCAGUCCCUGCUGAAGAUGCCUCCCUGGUCGAACCCGUGGCUGGUCGGGGCGAUCUGCCUCUCCAUGGCCCUGCACUUCCUCAUCCUGUAUGUGGACCCACUCCCGAUGAUCUUCCAGAUCCGGCCGCUUUCCUGGCCCCAGUGGGUGACAGUGCUGAAGAUGUCUCUGCCCGUCAUCCUGAUGGACGAGGUGCUGAAGUUCCUGGCCCGGAACUACAUCGAGCCGGGCUACGACCUGGAGCUGGAGGAGGAGCUGGCCCGCAGGAGGCGGGGCCAGGGGGCGGCGCCCGGGCUGCUGGCGCCUGUCCGUCAGGCCCUGAGGGGCGUGUCCUGGUCCUUUGUGCUGGUCUCCGCCCCCCUGCUGGUGUGGAUCUACAGCCUGGACUCUGACAUCACCAACAUCUUCUGGACAUAAGAGAGAGAGAGAGAG